AUGGCCGUCAUAGGAAGCGGAGCGCACGGCAUGCAGUCUUUUGUCCUGACAAUUGUAGCAGUGCGAGAGCAGCUAGUACGAGCUCGGCAGCCGCCCGCGCGGCGGCAGGCCCAGCGGCUCGACGAGUUCGCCGACUUGGCCGAGCGGCUGCGGCUCGAUGAAGAGUUAGUAAGGACGGAGCUGGUCGGCAGGCCAGAGAUGCUGCAGGUGUUGAACCAGGUCAAGUUCGCCGAGUCCGAGCCCGGGCCCCAUGAGGAGGACGGCUCGGACCCGAAGUACUUCCAGGACUCCUACGAGAUGCCGUUUCCCGAGAUGAACAGGACAGCAGUUACGGAGCCAUUGCCCAGGAACCCGCAAACCCACGUACAUGAGCAGCCGGUCGACUUCCAUGACAUCCUUGAUGUCAGCGACAGGCAGCUGAUUGCAGAUCACCUGAAUGCCUUUGUGCAAUGUGAGAAGCUUAAGUGGGAAUAUCGCGAGCAGGUGCUCCGAGACCCGGCAGCACCAGCGCCAAGCUUCCCGGCCGUCCCGCCGGUGGUCAUCCCAGCCCAGCGGAUAAAGCGGCGCGAGUGCUAUUGGUCCUGCGCGGACCCGCGGGCGUGCGUGCCCUUGGAGGCCGCAUACAGGCCCAAGCCGAAGCUGAACGGAGAAGUUUUCCGGAAGAUGUGCGAGGCGGCGGGCAUCGAGGACUACCAGCUCCUGGAUAUGGUGGACCAGGGAGUGCCCGGCUUGGACGAGUCGCGGCCGUACGCGAUCGUGCUGAACGGCAACUACGCUAGCCUGGCGCCGUACUAUGGCCCGGUGUUUGAGAAGGCGGUGAAGGAGGUGAGCCAAGGGCAGCUUCGGCGGUUCACCGUCGAGCCGGAGCAUUUCACCGCCGAGAAUGUGUGGUUGCCAUGCGUGCCGAUUAACAUCGACUCUACUGGCUCCGCAACGCGGUCAAGCGAUGACAAGCCGGUCGGACUGAAGAAGGCUCGUAGGACGGUGGGCGGCGGGAGCCCGGAGACCAUGCCGGAGUAUUCAGGCAACCAGCACGCAAGGGUUGAGGAGCAGUGGCCUCGGGUCAUCCUCGACGGCGUGGCGCAGCACGCCAAGUAUAACGCCAUCCUCUACCAUCCGGCGAAAGCACUCAAGGAAGAGCUGUGCGGGGCUAGUUGCGAUUUCGAGGGCUAUUACAACCAGUUCCACCAGGCAGUGUACGAAUGGGCUCACAGAAAGGACGGAUGGCUCACCUUUUGUGAUGAGUAUGAUGUCAAACCUGUGCGGGUGCAUGAAAGUGGACCAACUCCAGAGCUGAUAAAAUUUGAUUCCAAUUUGUUUGUGUGGUUUGCCCUAUGGAAGAUAGGCAAGAUGCAGGGGCCGAAGGGCAAGGGCCGGGGCCAAGAGAUCAACACGGUAUUUCGGAAUAUAUCAAGCAUCAAAGGCUACACGAAGGAGAACUGGGGGCUUGAGGUCGAGCUUGACCAGAACUGGCUCAACAGCCAAAAGAAUGGCUGGAAGGUGGAGCGGGUUAAGACCCAGGGCCCAGCUCCACGGUUUCGGAAGCUUGCAAUUGUGGCUAACCAUAUGAUCCAGAUGAAGCGCACUCCGAUUGAUUGGGCAAGGGACUGGCCCCAUACCUUCUUUACCAUGUGCCAAGCGGCCAUCGAGAACGGAUGGCGGCUGGGCGACAUGACCAGCAACAAAGCCUUCAAUCCAAACAUCAACUAUACGUUAAGCGACCUCAAGUGGUUUGAUGAGCAUAACAAUCCCACCAAUCCGGAAGGCCAGCCGAACCUAUUUUAG